AUGCAUUACACUUCUUUGGCUCGGGCCCGGUCAGACGCAGGGGGCCCACGGCCGGACACUACUGCCCGCCGCCCCGCUCCCAGCGCCCCCCCGGCCCGGCUCACCGGCGCUCCUCAGCCCGCGGGGCGGCAGCAGCACCAGCUCCACGUCCGCUCCCCACGGCCGCCGCCACACACUGACAGCGCCGCCGGCCCGCGCAAGCGCUCUACCCUCUCGGGCCCCGCCCCCACCCCGACCAGCCCACCCGGGCUUGAACGGGAACCGGGGCCGGCCUCGCUGCGGAGCCCCUGCCCGCUCUCCCCGGCACACCGACAGCGGCUGCCGGGGCUACUGCAGCGGGGCCGCGACCCCUCGAGUCUCCCGGCAGCGGCCCCCGCGGCUGCGCGGGGCACAAGCUGGGCUCCGGGUCCCGGCAGCCAUGCCCUUGUCUCCCUCCCGGGCACGGAGCCGGGGCCCGGCGGGGCGGCGAAGCGCGCCGAGGGACCGGGAGCGGCAGCACCGAGCCCAGCUCCGGCUGAUGGACGCUCCAGCCCCGCAUGGCUGCAGCUGCAGCUCCAGCCCCGUGUGAUUUCGGCUCCCGAUGCCGCCCGCUCCAGCUCCGGCUCCUCCACGCUCCGGCCGAUGGACGUCCCACCUCGUCCCACCCCUGCCCGCUCCGGCCGAGAGACGCUCCUGCUCCUGACAGCCCCGGGGGCUUUUGUCCAGCUCCGGCCCUGCGUCAUUUUGGGCCCAGCCGAGACACCGGACGUUCCCGUUUCUCACAGCUCCAGCCCUACAGCUCCUCCCAGCUCUGCCCAAUGGACGCUCGAGCCCUGCGUGACCUCCUGCUGCUUCCAGCUCCAGGCGCCGGACGCUCGGCUGGUUCCCCUCCUGCUGAUGGGCCCCCAGCUCGGAGUCAGAGCUGCUCCCCAGCUCUGGGGGCUGGUGACGAGGUCGUAAAUCAAUCACUGUCAUCGCUCAAGUACCACCCCUGUCUGCCCCUUGAAUAAAGCCUCGGUGCCCCCAUUUUCGCCCAGAGACUAUCUCA